AUCCCGCUCUGCUGGGAAGCUCAGGCCGCCGCUAGCUUCGCGGAUGUGACGCCCUUGCCCCGGGAAAGAUGGGGGUCUUUCUGGCAUCUGUGGGCUUCGCCGUCCUCUCCGCGCUCUGCGUGCAGCAGGGGCUUGCGGCUCAGGCGAAAUUUACCGAGUUUCCGCGGAACGUAACGGCAAGCGAAGGGCAGAACGUGGAGAUGUCGUGCGCCUUCCAGAGCGGCUCCGCCUCGCUCUACCUGGAAAUCCAGUGGUGGUUCCUGAGGGGCCCCGGCGGCCUGGAUCCCGGCGCCGAGGGGGCCGGCGCUCAGGUGGAACUCCUACCGGACCAAGACCCGGACAGCGAAGGCACCAAGAUCAGCACAGUGAAAGUCCAAGGCAAUGACAUCUCCCACAAGCUUCAGAUCUCCAAAGUGAGGAAAAAGGAUGAGGGCUUGUACGAGUGCAGAGUCACAGACGCCAGCUACGGUGAGCUCCAGGAGCACAAAGCCCAGGCCUACCUCAAGGUCAACACCAACAGCCAUGCACGGCGGAUGCAGGCCUUCGAGGCCUCGCCCAUGUGGCUGCAGGACGCCAAGCCCCGCAAGAACGCCUCGGCAGCCGCCCCCAGUAGUGUGCACAGCUCGGCCAGCCAGCAGACACACGCCACCUCCAGCCCUCAUGCGGUCGCCAGGAUCCCCAAGCAAAGUCCACAAUCAGCAAAGAGCAAAUCGCCUGUAAAAUCUACGGAGCGGACAGCAAAGUUGACCCUAAACUCCAAGCACCACUCUGCACCCACUGUACUCUAAUAUCCUACACAAGGAGCACCUGCUUCCAGAAGCAUAAACGAAGAGGCUAUCACUUGCUUUCUAAAUGAUAUUUUCUUUGGCAAAUCACCUGGUCUUUUAUUUCAAGAACAUCGGUGUGAUGUGAUAGGAUGCUUUCUAAUAGCAAGAUCUAUUUUUUUUUUCCUUUUCUUUUGGCAACUGAAGUUCUCAUUUCGCUGACCAUUCAGGAUUGGCCAUAGUGCCGUGAGGAUAAAUAUUCACUGUGGAUACCAUUGGUUUCCCACUAAAAGGUCCAUUGUCAGCAAGAAGCAAACAGACCAAAACACUUCAGAGUAUAAAGUGCCACCGGCUGAAGCCCUCGCAGGGGAGAGGACCAGAAUCGCCACACCACACGUCAACAAAGGAUCACAAAAUAAAAACCUCUUGUUUGUUUUCCCAUUUUCUUGGAAUUUUCAUUUUCAUUGUUGCACCUGUUGUCCAGUGAUGACAAGCACUGAUUAUGGCCAAUCCCUUUGGAACCUGGGAGGUUUCUAUAAAUACAUCUUAAGUGUUCUAUAUUUCAAUGUAUUUUCAUUCAUUUGCAAUUCCUGUAUAUGCAAAUUUUGUAAAUUGCUUAUAGUAUAUGUGGUAUCUCUUCAAAACAGACACACUAUGACCCUCAUGCAAGCCGAUUUUCAUCAUUAUAUAUAAAUAUAUGCAUAUGGAUAUCUACAUGUUCGGCCACCAGCCAGUGUUUUUUUGGCAAAGCGUUUGUUUCUCGUUUAUAAUUCAUGCUGUGUAGAUUUUGUAAUGCAUUGUUUUGCUUCAUGAGUUCAACAGCUACAGAUGGGAAAUGCAUAUUCAAAAUUGUGUCAGUCUCUGAGAAAUGAGUUAAUUUUUCUGUGUGCUAUGCUGGAAUUGCCGUGUUCUUUAAUUCCGUGCGGUGUUCAUUGAAGAGUGAGGGUCUUCCGAGUGUAGAGUGCACACUGCCUGGCUUUGACAGUUUCCCAGCGUUGUCAUCAUUGCUUCUGCUGUCGUCCCCAGACAAGCUUCCCUGGAGGCGGCGGGGGGAAGACCCCGCAGUCACGGACUUGGUGGAGGAGCACGGCGCGCCACAGCUCCGAGUGCUGCUGCUUUAGAUCUCUGUGGACUUUUGUUGCAUUGUCAUGCUGUUAUUUGCUGCUAAUUAUAUGUUAGUGUCUCCUAACUAAAAUUAAAAUGAGUGUUGGCUAAAUAUAAUAUGCAAAGGUGACUGGAAAUCUCUGACUCUAAGGAAGAUAAUGUGUGCAGCUCUUACCUGUUAAGUCAUUUUAAUUCUAAACAUUCCAUUUUUAUUGGCUUUAUGAUAACUUGGACCUUUUUUCAGAGCCUGUUUGUUCUCUGCUCUAGCAAAAGAGACAGAACUGUUCGUGCGUCCCAUGCACUCUGGGAUAGACAUGGCUUAUGCAAGAAAAGACCUCAGUUUUCCUUCCAGAGUGUUCGGUGUUGCUUCCUUGCAAGGCCAGAAGGUCGUCUGCGGGAGCCGUGUGCUGCACGCCAAGGACGGCCUGGAGCUGAAGGCAGUGAGUACUUCUGCUCUCGAGGUAAACACGCCCGUUUUCUGUGAUUCGGGGAGAAGCAGAGUGUAUAUUUUCACGAUGCUCCUGACAUUACUCUCU